UUGGUGCUCUCUGAAGUACAAGUGUCAGGCAGGGGUUCCUAACUUUGAUACUGUGGACAAUUUCAAAGGAAAGAAGGAAUGGCAAGUUUCCCUCCAUUGAACAUCAAUCAAUCUAGAAAUAGGUAAAGGAAGGCGUAUCACAGGGGUAUUUUUCUUUUUUCUAUUCACUUCCGUGGGGUUCUAAAUUGAAAACAUGAACACAAACGAAAUCGUAUUGAAAUUACAUAAAAAAAGAAAAGAGAGGAGUAGCUCUUGGUUUAAAGAAAAGGGAGGAGAUGGAUCGAAUUCAGUCUUUUUCCUUGUUUGCUUCUUUCACCAUCCUGCAGGAGGUUCCUCCUAGGCUUGGGUUAACUAGACCCCGGCCUUUGUGGACAGCGUCUGUUGCGCUGUAGUAGUGUUUCUCUGCUCUUGAAGAAGAGGAGGCAUGGCUGUAGAGACUAGCGGGCAGAAUAUGUAUACAACUUGAGCACUUGUCAUCUUGUUGUGAAUGAUGCUCCUGUUAAUUUCUUUUGCAAACUUGCAUGAUCCUGCUACUUAUUAUUCACUGAUUUGGAUAUUUGUAAUGGGUUGACGAUAUCUCAAGUGUUGUGGCUGACUUUAGUGACUGAGAUCAACAAUAUCUCACAUUUGUGAAACACUGAACAAUAUUUACUUUGAACAGGCUAGACCAGGAUAUGCCUUGAUUCAAUUUUGGAUGUGCUAUUUGACGGGCUUUGUUGUUCGUGUGAUAUUUCAUUGACUGUUAAAGUUGCAGGACACGCAGGGUUGGUGAGCAGGGUACAAGGGGUGGAAAAGAAAUUAGAUGCUGCCACCUUGCUGGACAGCGACUGCCCCUGUUUAAAGCUGACUUGAUCCUUGAUAUUCUUGAAAUGUCACAAUCAAGCAUCGCCAUGCGGCUCUAUAUUCAUUGAUGAGUCUCAAGCUCAGACAGAUGAACUAUCGCGUUGGACAAGAUGCAUCGCUCAGCUUGUGGACUUUUAAUCUAUUUCAGGUAACAAAGUCCAAUUAGUAGUCCCUUUAUUCUGCACUAUAUCGUUUUUACAAGUCCCAAACCUGCAUGUAGAUAAGAAGUAUUACAACCGUGGUUACUAGUGGAUUUAACGAAGACAACGGGAGUCUUGCUGUGACUCGCACAAAUUAGUAAUUGAUGAAAUAAUGCAGUAAUGGGAAAACCUGAAGCUUUCAGCAGACAACAAACAAGCUUCUGGUGCUCUCUGAAGUACAAGUACUCGGGCAAGGUUCCUAAAUUUGGUACUGAAGAAACUCCCAUCAGAUUUUUCUUCUUGAAUUCAUAUGCAUGGCUUUUCUAGGAUAAUGCAUUCUUUCCGCUGAAGUUUCUUUCUCUGAGACUAUUCAACGAAGCUUGUUGCUGACAGAAAAGUGCAUUAGCUAGACUACUUAAUUGCUUGUCGUGUUUUUGUGUAAAAUUUAAACGUUGCAUAUGUUGUAGCUGAUAAAUUGAAAUUUUAAACGCCACUUAUGUUAGUAUACAAAAUGUAAAAAUGUAAAUUACAGCCUUCUAUCCUUCAUUCAUUUCUCCAUUGAUCAGAGUUGUCUUACAGCAAAUGCUCAGGCAUUGGCCGCUGCUCCAAAGCAAUGUAACCUGUAAAAAUAUUGCACCUUUCAGAAGAUAAACAGGGGAAACUUUCAUUGAAAUCUGAAACCAAAGCAUGUAAAUUUAUAUUAUAACUAGCGAAACAGUUAGCCCCUGUGGGCAAUCCAUUGACACAUUUUGCUGUAAGAGCAAACCACUUGUUCAGGCUGAUCAUGGGUUUCUGCUUGGCUGUGAAUUUGUCGCAGAUACAGUGGACGUUUGCUUCUUUGACCAUCUUCCAGAGGGUUCCGCCUAGGCUUGGGUUAACUGGACCCCGGCCUGCCUUUGUGGACAGCUUCUAUUGCGUUGUAACAGCAUUCCUCUGUUCUUGAAGAAGAGGAGGUGUUGUAACAGUAUAAAAUCACAAGUUUUGAAUACACUUUAGCAACAAGCCAAGCUUCACUUUCUCAAAAGUUUGCUGAGGAGAGCGACUCCCCACCUGAAUAUUUCAUUGCUGUCCAGGUUGCAGCACACAGAAGGGGUUGGUGAGCAGGGGUACAAGGGGUCGAAAAGAAGUUAGAUGCUGCCACGUAGCUGGACAGCGACCGUCCCUGUUUAAAGCUGAUCUGUCCUUAAUAUUCUGGAGAUGUCACAAUCAAGCGCCGCACCAUGUGGCUCUAUGUUCAUUGAUGAAUCUCAAGCUUAGACAGAUAUAAACUAGUGUGUUGGACAAGAUGCAUCCCUCAGCUUGUGGACUUUUAAUACAUUUCAGGUAACAAAGUCCAAUUAGUAGUCCUCCUCUUCUACAGCAUAUCGUUUUUACAAGUCUCAACAUGCAUGCAGACAAGAAGUAUUCCAACCAUGGCUACCGGUGGAUUGGACCAAGACAAAGGGGAGCAUCUGGAACUUCAUCGCCUACUCAAACUCAUCCUCAUCCCGGCCCUGCAGGCAGCAGCUCAGAUAAUCUCUGCAACCAACCAUGGCUACCCCCUUCCUACCCACCCUGCUCCUAUCCUUGCUUGUUCUACUUCUACCAGCCGUGGAUGCUGGUGGCGCGGCACCUCCCGGCGGCGACGUCCUGGCGCUGAAAUCCUCCCUCGCCGUCGAGGAUCACGAGACCAGCUUCCUGCGGUCACCCGACGGUACGUUCUCCUGCGGCUUCCAUAGCAUCUACAGCGGCGCCUUCACCUUCUCCAUCUGGUACUCCGACUCACCCGGCGAAACCGUCGUCUGGAGUGCCAACCGCGGCCGCCCCGUGCUCUCCAGGAGGUCAGCCGUCACCCUGCGCAAGGACGGCAACAUGGUCCUCACCGACGACGGCACCGUCGUGUGGCAAACUGAGGGCAACCUCCCGAAUGUCCAGUAUGCACAGCUUCUUGACACCGGAAACCUCGUGCUGAAUAACACAAGCGGCACCAUUGUUUGGCAGAGCUUCGAUUCGCCGACAGACACCUUCCUACGCACCCAGCGAAUCCCUGCCACGGCAAAGUUAGUCUCUACCAGCCGGCUGCAUGUUCCUGGUCACUACACCUUCCGUUUUAGUGACCAAUCCAUGCUGUCUCUCUUCUACGAUGACACCAAUGUUUCUGACAUAUACUGGCCUGAUCCUGAUUACCAGUACUAUGAGAAUAACAGGAACCUCUAUAACAGUACUAGGAUGGGGAGCCUUGAUGAUUAUGGGGAGUUUUUUGCCAGUGAUUUCGCGUGGCACCGGCCUCUUGUUGCCUCUGAUAGAGGCUAUGGGAUUAAGAGAAGACUUACCCUUGAUUCUGAUGGUAAUCUUAGGAUAUACAGCUUGAGCAAUGAAUCAGAUUCAAACAGGAGAUGGACAGUUUCAUGGGUGGCUGUCUCUCAGCCAUGCAUGAUACAUGGCAUGUGUGGUCCAUAUGGGAUCUGCCACUACUCCCCUGCACCAACAUGUUCUUGCCCACCUGGUUAUGCAAUGAGGAAUCCUGGCAACUGGACACAGGGAUGCGAGCUUAUCGUAGAUACCAUCGGAUGUGGGGACAGUGAACGGAAUGCGACAUUUUUGCAGCUUCCAAACACUGAUUUUUGGGGAUCUGAUCAGCAGCGCAUCAACGAAGUGUCCUUGGAGGAUUGUUGGAACGUAUGCUUGAGUGAUUGCACGUGCAAGGGUUUUCAGUACCAACAAGGAAAUGGCACAUGCUAUCCAAAGAAUCUUCUUUUCAAUGGAAGGAGUUUCCCAACACCUACUGUGCGAACGAUGUACAUCAAGCUCCCCACAAGUUUCAAUGUUUCAAAUACCCCAAUUCCACAGUCCAAUGUGCUCAACACUAAAAUACAUCGUCUUGAAUGUGAUCAUGUGAGCAAAACAAUCAUAGAAUCAGUGCCAGACAUGGUUCGUGAAGAUGGCAGUGAUGAUCCAAAAUGGCUCUAUCUAUAUGGGUUCAUUGCUGCAUUUUUUGUCAUUGAGGCUUUCUUCUUCGCGUUUGCAUGGUUCUUCGUUCUACGGAGAGAGUUUAGGUCAUCGCAAUUAUGGGCGGCUGAGGAAGGCUACAAGGUGAUGACUAGUCAUUUCCGGAUGUAUAGUUACAGAGAGCUGGCCAAGGCGACUGAAAAGUUCAAACAUGAGCUUGGAUGGGGAGGUUCAGGUAUUGUCUACAAGGGAACCUUGGAUGAUGAGCGAGAGGCGGUCAUAAAAAGGCUGGAAAAUGUAACACGGAACAGGGCAGAGUUCCAGGAUGAGUUGCAUGUCAUUGCAAGGAUUAACCAUAUGAAUCUGGCAAGAAUAUGGGGGGUUUGCUCAGAGAGAUCCCAUAGAAUGCUGGUCUUGGAGUAUUUUGAGAACGGCUCAUUAGCUAACAUACUAUUCAGCAACAAAAUCUUGCUGCAGUGGGGUCAGAGGUUCAACAUUGCUUUAGGUGUUGCAAAGGGGCUGGCCUAUCUUCACCAUGAGUGCCUAGAGUGGGUCAUCCACUGCAACCUGAAGCCGGAGAACAUUCUGCUGGAUCAGGAUCUAGAGCCUAAGAUCACCGACUUUGGGUUCGCAAAGCUGCUCAGCAGAACGGGGCCUAAUCAGAAUCUGUCUCGGGCGCGAGGAACCUUGGGCUACAUGGCUCCGGAGUGGGUCACAGGUUUACCGAUAACAGCGAAGGUUGAUGUGUACAGCUACGGAAUCGUGCUUCUUGAACUAGUGUCAGGAACAAGAAUUCUCGACUUUGUUGUUAAUUUGGAGGAGGAUGUCCAUGUGGUGCUCAAGAAGUUCAUUAAGAUGCUUUCUUACAGGUUGGAAGGGGAUGAACUGUUGUGGUUAACGGAGUUUGUAGAUGUCAGACUGGACGGCGAUUUCAACUACCUGCAAGCGAAAGAGUUGAUCAGGAUAGCCGUUUCAUGCCUGGAGGAGGACAGAAAGAACAGGCCAACAAUGGAAUCAAUAGUUGAGAGCCUCCUUUCAGUUGAAGAAGCUUCAGUUUGAACCUGAACAUAGUUGUAUCCUUGUGCAUAGGUAUUCCAUAUUAUGUAGUAAUUGAGUAAUGAUAGUAAUACAUGUACUAGUUGUUCAUGUAAUAUAUUCAGUCUUUUUGUUUCUGAAAUCGCUUAGGCCCUCUUAGUAGUUAUAAGAACAUAUUGUAAAUCUGACAAUGGUAAAACCAAUGGUAUCAUCUGGUAACUGCUCGCCAGCUGAUAUAGGUGUUCUAUGUAUGACAUUCUGUAUCAAAGAUUUUUCAUCUGGCAACGGGAGGAAAUGCAGCAGGACUGCACAAGUAUCCUGA